AUGGCUCAUCACAUCCCUCCACUUAAUUUUGGUAUGGUAGCCGAUGAUUUAUAUAGAUCAGGUCAACCUAACGAACUCAAUUUCCCAUUUUUAGAAAAACUACAAUUAAAAAAGAUUAUAUUCCUUGCCCCAGAUGAUCCUUCACAACAAUUUCAAAAUUUUGUAGAAGAUCAAGAUAUUGAAUUAAUACAUUUAGGUAUGGACACACAUCAGAAUCCAUGGAACCCGAUUUCUGAAGAAAUUGUUAUAUCAGCAUUAAAGAUUAUUUUAAAUAUGGAAAGCUAUCCACUCAUGGUUAUGUGUAAUUUAGGUCGUCAUAGAACUGGGACAGUCAUUGGGUGUCUCAGAAAAUUACAACGUUGGAAUUUAACUUCAAUUUUUGAAGAAUACAGAAGAUUUGCAGGCAGUAAAGUUAGAUUAUUAAAUGAACAAUUUAUAGAACUUUUCGACACUGAUCUUGUUGGUAUACCAGAUAAUGCCCCAAAAUUUUUAUAUUUAAGCUAA